AUGGGCUGCGCAGCAGGGGUUCCUAAUCAUCCGCCGGCGCCGCCGUCCCAGGCAAUGCAGAAGCAGUUGCAGAGAAGCCAGCAGGGGCACAGGCUGAAGAGGAUGGAGCCAACCCCAGCACCCAAGAAGCGCGAAAUUCUGGUCGAGUCAUCAUGGGACUCUGCCUCAUGGAAUCAAGAUAUCCC